AUUAAUUUUAAAUUUAUGUUUAAUGCAGAUGUACGACAUCUAUUAUGCGUAUGGCAUAUUGGCAAUGACGUGGAGAACAUGGUCGAUAAAUUGUGUGGCGGCAAGAAAAAUCAACAGGGCCAGUUAUUCAGGCAAACAAAAUGGAACCCCUUGGUUAACAGUAUGACGAUCGCCGAUUUUGAAAACAGAUGGGAAGGGAUUGUGUCCACUUGGUCGACUAGGAACCGGAGAGUCGUGCAAUAUUUGGCAGGAACAUGGAUUCCUCACAAAGAGAAAUUUGUGCGUGCGUGGACGAAUGAUUGUUUGCACUUGGGUAACCAGACUACCAGUCGAGUUGAAAGUCAACACUCUUCCUUCAAGUACUACUUGGGUAGCGGUAAUAGCUCAUUCGAUACGCUGUUUAAAAGGGCGCACGCACAAAUUACGAAUCAACAAUCAAAAAUAAGACAAGCUCUUGAGGAAUCUAAGAAUUCCAUUUCAAGAACGUCGCGACUAAAUUUUCUACGACCGUUGUAUCGUCAUGUUUCUAUAUUUGCCUUGGAACUAUUGAUGAUGGAGCACAACCGGAUGCUAACCCUGGGCAGUUGUCUUUUAGAAAAAUGCGGUUGUGUCAUUCAAAAAACCCACGGAUUACCAUGCGCGUGUUACUGUUACUUGUCUAUCAGGUCUAAUGGUGCUUUGUACUUGGACGAUAUACAUCCGUUUUGGAAAACGUUAAAGUAUUUAGAUGCAGAAGAAGACGCGAACGAAGAAGUACGGCACGCAAACGCCGAUGAUAAAGAGUACUUUCAAUCGUUGGUGGAUGAAGUUUUAAAAUCCGACCCCUCAGUACUACGACGCGUCUCUCAGGUACUUGAACAUGAGCUGCACCCCGAUGGUGACGACAUACCUGAGCCCGAAGCAAGUCCACCGAGGAAAGGAAGACCAAUGACAAGCAGAACCUUGAGGAGAAACAAAAGUGCGUUUGAGUACAGUAGAUCGUCCUCAAGGGGUCGCGGAUCAAGAUCAUCAUCACGCGGGAGAUCCAGUGGUAGAUCAAGCAGCCGGUCGCAUCAAUCAUCAGUUGGAAUUAACUUCAGUUUCAACUUAUCAGAUGGUGCAGCAGGUCGUGAUUUUUCACUUUUUCCGUGGCCAGAUCACAUUCCAUUUAUUCUUCCGCCAUAUCUGUUUGAUUGGAUUGAUGUUAUAGGUGACGGUAAUUGUGGAUUUAGAGCUAUUGCCGCCACAGAGUUAGGGGGUGAGGAAGCAUGGCCUCUGUUACGACGUGCAUUGAGUUUGGAAAUGGAAACGCAUAGAGAACAAUAUGCACGCUUAUAUUUAUCAGCAGAUUCGGUGGAGGAAGCUAUAUUCAGAGUUGGUGCCCACAAUAAAGGACCUGCUCCGUACGAUCACUGGUUGGAAGCGACAACACUGUAUUCUGCAGCAACAUUUUUAAACAUAGCAAUUGCGUAUUAUGGCUCUGUGGAUGGUCAUCCAAUGUACAAUUGUUUAGUGUUUCCUUUAAGAAGAACAGGGGGAAUGCAUGGCAAAGACAAUAUCGUAAUAGGAUAUCACUUUGGAGUAGAAUGUGCAACAUACAACGACAACAGCAUAAUAACACCGCCGGAGACGCGGUGA